CCUCACCCCUCACCCCAGUCUCCUCACACUUCACCCCUCACUCCAGUCUGUCUCACUGCAUCUUCUUUAGAUGGCUGAAUCUGACCCUGGGGAAAGAAACUGCGACAACAUGCUGAAAAUGCUGUCCGACCUGAAUAAAGACUUGGAAAAGAUAUUGGAAGAAAUGGAGAAAAUCUCAGUGCAAGCCACAUGGAUGGCCUACGACAUGGUGGUGAUACGCACCAACCCCGCCCUGGCAGAGUCCAUGCGCCGGCUGGAGGACGCCUUCCUCAACUGCAAGGAAGAGAUGGAGAAGAACUGGCAAGAGCUGCUCAGUGAGACCAAGCGCACGCAGUAGGCCCCCGACCCCACCCUGCAGCCACCACGCUGGGCCUGUCUGUGUGCAGAGCCACAGCGGGUGGAGCCUUCUCUGCCUGGCAAAGAAACAGUGA